AUGGGGGCGCACGGCGACUAUUGGUUUUCAAAAGCAACGGCAGUAAUUCCACAAGCUUUAAUAAUUAUACUACUCUUUACUGCAUCCGCCGGUGGCGUGAAACACAUUGUGGGAGGCUCCAUCUGGUCGAUCCCUCCGAGCGUUCACUUCUACAACAACUGGUCGACUUCUCAAACCUUCGUUCCCGGCGACGUUCUCUGUACGUUCUACCUAAUAAUCUCCCUUCAAAAGCUUCUUCGUUUUCGUUACUUUGAACUAAAAAAACAUGCAGAUUUCGAUUUUGAAUCAGAAAUGUACAAUGUGCACCAAGUGCUUUCGGAUGAUUACAGUCAUUGUGAAUCCACCCUUUCGCCAGUAAACGCUUACGAAGAAGGGCCGGCUUUGGUAACAUUACCAUAUACCGGUGAAUAUAUGUUCUUAUGCCCCAUGUUGAACUACUGUUCCCAGGGAAUGAAAAUGAUGAUAUUUGUCAGAAUGCCCGCCGCUUCUACUCCACCGGUUAGGGUACUGCCUUGA